AUGCUGCUCGGAGGAUUACGAGCCUGUGCUGAGCGUGCCUCGAAGCCACGCACGACAAACUUGGAUCGAAUUUCGAAGACCACCAAGGAAUUGUUAGGAAGAAGAAGAUCUUUGAGGCUUGAUCCGAAUGCAUCGCACAUUGAGCGGUUAGUAGCAAACACUAGCUGCAGAAAACCGUUGCAGGAGGAUCUUUUGAAGUACAGGCAGAAGAAGAUUCUAGAAGCAGCACAAAGAAGAACGAGUCUAAAGAAGUGCCGCAGGGAUCUCCGCGAAUAUAAUAUUCCGCUAGCAACCUUGCUGAGCGAAGACGGGACUCGCACAUCUUCUCGUCGUGAGAUGGAAAUCAUUACGAAGAGGUUUUACUCGAACCUUUUCCGUUCAUCAACCCCUGUGUCAAGCCCAAUCAUCCCCACUGGCGAAGCUCCACCACGGAUUCUCCCUUCGGAAGUACGAGUCACUAUCAAGAGCAUGAAACCUGGCACAGCCCCCAGACCUGAUUUUAUAUCAGCAGACUUUGUUCGGGCUGGUGGCCAUCCGCUUCAUGUAAUCUUAGCAGCGCACAUGACAUCCUAUCUUCAGAAAGAAAGGAUCCCAGACCAGUGGAAGACCUCGCGAACCGUUCUUAUCCAUAAGAAUGUAUUCACCAAGAUCAUCCUCACACGCAUAUCUAGGAGGCUGGAUGAAGCCCAGCCUCAAGAACAAGCUGCUUUCCGCCAAGGGUUCAGCUGCUUGGACCACAUCCAGACCGUGUCGAGGGUCAUAGAGGUUUGCCGGGAAUACCGCCUGCCCCUUGUUCUAACCUUCGUCGACUAUGAGAAAGCCUUUGACAGCGGAGAAACGAAUGCAAUACUGUCAGCGCUGGUCGAUCAAGGUGUGGACGCGUCGUAUGUGAGGACAUUAGCCAAUUGCUACGAACGAUGCACGACUAGGAUACAGCUUUUCCACCGCCCUCUCACCAUACCCAUUGGAAAGGGGGUACGACAAGGCGAUACUAUAUCGCCGAAGCUGUUCACGGCUGCAUUGCAAUGGAUAAUGAAAUCACUAUCGUGGGAAGAAAGGGGCAUACGUGCUGAUGGAAGAUUUCUUUCGAACCUUCGUUUCGCGGACGACAUCGUUCUCUUUUCGAGCAGUACCAAUGAAGCAGAAACGAUGCUCAACGAAUUGAACGAAGCAGGGAAGAGAAUAGGACUACGAAUAAACAGAAAGAAGACACAGUUCAUGAAUAACGCGCACUGCGAGGACGGAGGAGUACAACUUGAAGGCGCCCAAAUCGUGGAAACUCCGUCAUACGUAUACCUCGGACGUUCUAUGAACAUGGAAAACGACUUGAAGGAAGAACUGAAUAGAAGAGUGAGAGCAGCAUGGGCAGCAUUCGCAGCCGUCAGGGAAGCUACGGACCAACUGACGGACCAUGAUCUUCGUGCCCAUCUGUUCGACUCGACAGUCCUUCCAGCGCUCUGUUACGCAGCGGAGACGUGGGCAGACACCGCGGCCAUGUCUAGGAAGCUACUUACUACCCACAGAGCCCUUGAGAGAUGUCUCCGGAAGUUUAACCGGCGCACACAACGCCUUGCCGGUCUUCGUAGCUCCGACUUAAGAGGAAUGUCCCGUCUUCGCGACCCAGCGGAAUAUGUAUCGAAAACAAAACAUAGAUGUUCCGAUCACAUCAUGAAAAGAAUCGACGAUAGAUGGACUGAAAGAACGCUGGAGUGGUUCCCAAGGGACGCAAAACGCCUUCGAGGGAGACCGCCAACGAGAUGGGGUGACGUGUUCGCACAGAUGGACCAGCUGAGAGCUCAGGUGGAUACGGCUCAAGGACCUCGUCAACUGCGUGAGUCCCUUUCUACCGCCGAAGGUGAACUUCGCGGGGUUUACACGCGCGACUUCUGUGUUCUCACCUUCAGCAACGCGAACACAACAAUCGCGUGUUGGUGCCUACUGCGACCUAUCACCAUCUUUGGAAGCGGAGUUGUGGUUCAUAGCCACGCGUUCGGCGCGGUUGAACGGCUCUCGUUGUGUGGCGAGAAUCGUCGCUGGUUUCCAUGCGCACCAUCAUUUGAGCAGGAUGAACACCGCUACAGAUGGAACUACGACAACGAAAUAGAAGAGAAAGCCGGCAAGCGAUCUCACUCUCACUUCUAG